AUGGUAAAGUCUUCUAUCCCUCCUAAGAGUCGUCCAGUCUCUGAAAUUCUUAAAUCAUUACAAUUCUGCUGGUUUCUGGGACAUGCCUUAGUUUUAAUAUGCUCCACAUUGUACACAGUUUUAGGAUUUUCAAGCCUGUAUUAUGUCUCCUUAUUGGGUGUAAUUGAGAGUUUUGGUAUAAUUACCUAUCAGCAUUUUAUUCUGCACAAGAAUAAGAUUACGUUUAAUUCCGUUGCUCGUAACGACAAUGCACAAUAUUUAGGAUUAGCACUAUUGUGGUUGUUUACUUCAAGAUUUCCAUUUGCACUAGUACCAUAUUUUAUGUUUUCGUUAUUUCAUGGAUUGAUCUACUUAAAAACUACUUUAUUACCCCACGUUUGCAAAUGGAAUUCAACUAAUAGUAAGACUGUCAGGGAGAUAUCUACAUUUGUACAUACCUAUAAUGAUCGUUGUAUGCACUACGUUGGUGUUACAGAACUCUUUAUUUUAGUUUUAGCAAUUUUGCGUGCUAUCUUAUGGUUCCCAAAUUCAUGGAUGGUAUUGAUAUUUUAUUCAAUUUUUAUGAAAUUAAAAUAUGAAUCAUCUAAAUAUACCAAGGCAGCUUUUGCUCAAUGGAGGGUACGUCUUGAUGGACUAAUUGCUCAUCCAUCAGUGCCACUCCCCGUCAAACAAAUGUAUACUAAUGCCAAACUUUUAUUAACUCGUGUUGCCAGUCAUAACAUCACUACUGAACUAAAGUUAAAUAGUUCCAAGAGUCAUUAA